AUGAAGCUUGAGGCCGAGGCAGAAGAGAUGUGUGGUGGAAACGGAGACAGUGAGUGCGUGCGCCAACUACAAUAUGCAUCAUCGUUGGACUUUGCAGGAGCAGACGACAAAGCUGAAUCCUCUGGGUCUAUCGCAAAGAUGACUCCAUCGGAAGCUAGCAUGACUCUUGAGCAUUCUAUCCAGCUGCCAAUUGAACUGUGGGAGAAAGUGAUUGACCACUUGGUGGACGACGACAUACACGACAGAGCCCCCCGAAAACGAGAGCUGGAGAGGGUGUGUCGUGGGUGGCAUGCCCGAUGCCGCUUUCGUGAUCGCGAGUUGCUGUAUGUUUGGGACAUGGACAAACACCAGAUGUAUCGUUUGAUCAACAUACUACGCGAAAGCCCCGAGCGAUGCCGCGCCAUCAAGAGGGUCUCAUUCAGGCUGGGUUACGGGUCGGCCUGCAACGUUGGGUUGUUUGCUGUGUGCAUGGCACAGAAACUGCCCCGAGCCGAGUCGCUCAGGCUCGUCGGUAUCAAUUGGAAACCCGAGCAGCUGCACCCGCAGGUGUUUGUCCAUGUGACUCUCGCAUUCGAGUCGGUUACAAUGCUCGAGCUCUCCAGUACGAUGUUUCCUUCUGCGCUGGUUUUUGGGCGGCUUGUGCGAGCGCUCCCCCGCCUCUCUGUCCUCGACUGCUAUGAUGUUAACUUUGAGAAGCACUGUGAUGUUGCGAGCCGAAUCUGGGAGCGGCAUCCCCUCUGGCUCGACACCGCCAACCUCCAAGUCAGCGAUGACGUCGUCGGCUUUCUGGUGACGAUCGGCGUACGUGUCCGCCAGCUCUCCUGCUAUGUGAUUGAUCUGGAAAGGUUGUCGGAGCUGGUCACGGUCUCUGCCGAGUCGCUCUCGUCCCUAGAGGUCACGUUUACUCAAUAUGUUCCUCCAGAUCCUCUAGUGGAUCUCACGCUAGCUGCCAACUUACACGUCCUGUCCUUUGAUUUCUUUGACAUUGUACGCCUGGGCCAGGCAGCAAGCAUCUUGUCUUGCGCGUCUCUUCCCAAGCUCAAAGGACUCAGAUUUAAUUCAAGCUCAAUGUUCGAUAGUACCGCAUCCUUUGUCCAGGACAAACUUGAUCAAGUCGGCCAGGACUCGUAUGCGCGGAUCGACCAGACACUCUCCGGUCGUCAAUAUCCCGCCCUGCAAAAGGUCACCUUCCAGAUCCAGUGUAGGGCUCCGCGCAGCAGAGUGUUGGAUGUGAUAUCCGAGGUCUCCUUGGCCCGUCUACUCUCGUCGAGGUUUCCCGCCCUGCAUGCCAGCGGACGACUCGUGUGA